AUGUCGAAUACGACUAAGAUUCUGAUUGAGAAACUCAAGCUACAACGUCUCCUUCGCGAGAGAGUGUUUGUGAAAUGGAAAGAUCAAUUAGAGAUAUUAUUGGUUGUUCCUCUAGAUGCCAACUUCGCAGAUGCUUCUAAGCCUUGUUCAAUUUCGAAUGUCGAUGAUUUAUCUUUUCACGAAGCUUCUGCUAUUCACGAUGCUAAAAUCAGCGAUUCGCUAUAUGUUAACUGUAUACAAUUCGAUCUAAGUGCGAAGGGGUUCAUCGUUAUGGAGAAGAAGUCUACUGAGACUAUUAAGCCCUGGACUAAAACCUCAGCAAAAUUGCUUCUUGGCCUUGAAUCUUUAUCUAAUACGACAACCUUCACUGUAUACAUCAAGCCAAAUAGUUAUGCGUUGGUGGGCCUGGAACAACUUCAUAAUCGCUUAAGCAAUACUUCUAACGAUACACGCAAAACCAACAUGAAGGAAAUAUACAUUGAACAAGUGCCUGAAUUAGUGGAAUGGAAAUCACUACCACCAGCAUAUACCAAGAAACGUGUGCAGGUUCCCCGGUCACCACCAAUCAUUUUUGAACAGAAAACGCCAUCAACCAAUACUAGCGAAGUGGCGAUUGCAGAAACACCAGCUCGAACUCCAACUGGCACGAAUUCUCCAACUGGUCCGAACCCUCCAACUGACCCGGACUCUCCAACUGGCCCGAACUCUCCAAAUUCUCCAACUGGUCCGAACUCUCCAACUGACCCGGUCUCUCCAAUUGGCCCGAACUCUCCAACUGGCCCGGACUCUACAUCGGUGCAUAGCAUUUUCUCUCCUACCUGUGAAGAGUUGUCAGAUGGUGAAAUAAACUUGGACAUUAUCGAAAAGGAAUUCGGAAUAGACUUCGAUGUGGAUUCGGAUGAGGAACAGCUCGCUAAGAAACAGUUCGCCAGUUUGGAUUCUCGAGAACCAAAUCAGCAACUCGACUAUAAUUUAGAAGUGUCACAGAUACUUCUUAACUCGAAGUUGGCGAAAUGGAUGGAAACAGUAUGCUCUGCAUUGUUUUUCUACGACCCGCUCGAUUCCGAUUCCGAUAACACUCUCGGGUUAUGGGAGAAAAGAAACUUAUGGCUCAUUAAAGAUAUAGCCAGAACGAUUCCAUGGGCUGAUAAAAUGCGCUCUGGUGCCGAGAUAAGUUCGUCGUUGUUGGAGCAAUUUAUAAAGCCAGGUGACGCUGCUCGUACUGUUGCUCUAGACUCUAGUAACAAAGGCGUCUAUCUUAAACAGAAAAGUCUUUUUAUUACUUAUAUAUUAGCGGAGUUUGGCAAGCCGGGUGGUAUUAGUAAAGAGAACAGUGAGCCUGUUUCUCGAAAAAGCUUGGGAACUGAUAGCAAUGUGUCAAAGCGAGUAAAAAUGUAA